AUGCGAGUCCAGGUCCCUCAUGGCCAGCAGCUGAUCUCAACGGGCUUGAGGCCGAUUGUUCUGCGCCCAGGCGUGGUGCCUCGCUCCCUCCUGCUCCGGUUCAUUGGGAGCUCCGCGCGGCCCACUCUUCGGCGCAGAGCUGGAGCUCCAUGGAUCGAGCAUUGUUCUUCCAGAGGCGCAAAGACGAAGUCCACGACGAAGCUGAAGGACCUGCCGCAGGGCGCGCUGAAACUGGAACCUUACAAUGAUGGCGCGGACGAUGCUCCUCGCUAUCCGACGGUGGUGCAGGGCCACCGGAACAACAUGGAGAAGUUCAAGAACUGCGUGGUCUUAACGAGAGUAGGGGGCUUCUAUGAGCUCUACUUUGAACAAGCAGAAGAAUUGGCCCCCUUACUGAACCUUAAGCUUGCGUCCAAAAAGACCAACGCUGGUCCGGUUCCCAUGGCCGGAUUCCCUUUCUUCCAACUGGAUCGCUUCCUGAAAAUCCUCGUCCAAGACCUGAAGAAAUACGUGGCUAUUAGCGAGGAGUUUGCAAACCAUGCUGAGGACAAAGUGCGUUCCGGGGGUCUUAUGUUCGACCGCAAAGUGACAAGAGUCAUCACGCCAGGGACGUUGAUUGAUGAGAAGUUCAUGGAUACCUCUCAGAAUAACUUUCUCUUGUCGAUACACGUGGAUAUUGACGGAGUGAAACCGGAUCUGCAGGCGGAAGGUGAGGCUGCCUCGCUUGCUCACCUGUUAUCGUCGGCGUCCCAGCGUGUCGGCCUGGCUUGGUUGGAUCUCUCCACCGGAGACUUUUUCACCCAAUACACCACGGCUCAGAUGCUGCCCUCUGCAAUCGCACGGAUUGGAGCUCGAGAAAUACUGGUUGAUAAACGUCUCCAGGGCCUUGUCGGUCAGGAACUGCAGAUGCUCGUGGGCCAAGACCACCAUCUGCUGACUUUUUUCGAUGCGCCCAAAAACAUCAGUCCCAUGUCGUCCUGGACCCCUAUGUUGGAAGCACCGAUACCUUCGGAGGCACAGUCCUUGUUUACGGAUGAAGAAGUGGCGGCGGGAUAUAGUCUUCUAGAAUACGUUAGGAUCCAACUCCAGGGCCUCAACAUGAAACUACAGCCGCCUCGCCGAAGACAUCUGGAUGAGUCAAUGGGCAUAGACCGUAAUAGUCUGAGAGGGCUAGAGAUUCUAGAAACCGCGCGGGAUGGCCUAGGUAAGGGCAGUCUGCUGCACGCGGUUCGUCGGACUUCUACGAAGAGCGGUGCUCGCCUCCUGAGAGACAGAUUAACGUCUCCAUCGACAUCCCUUUCUGUGAUCAAUGAGCGUCUGGAUCUGGUGGAGUACUUCCUUGAAGAUGAAGACCUACGUGAGAAUAUAAUAAUGCUUUUGAAACGCAGCUAUGAUUCGCAAAGACUAGUCCAGAAAUUCUCUCUUGGGAGAGGUGAUCCAGAUGACCUGAUCUGCCUAUCGAGGGCAAUAGAAGCGUCGCGGGAAAUUCGGCGAGUCUUGUCGGCACGAAUCGAGGCAGACAAGAGUCCCAAGAAGAAUCAUAGGAGUCUUCAGGCGUUAGUAAACCGCAUGUCUCUGGAUGGCCCAACGGAGCUUGCGGAUAGAAUUUUUGCGGCCAUUGAUGAAGAAGGACUGCUGCAAAAGCAGCGAAUCGAGGACAGCAACGCAGCAGAGGCCGCAGGGCUGGCUCAAGAAGUUGUACUAAACGAGGGACUUCCCGAAGACGUCGAAGCCAUGCCCAAGAAGCUCCGUUUCAAAAACACAGGCAGACCGGGCAUUGCGAUCGAGUCUGAGCAUGGCGACGUGGACACCUGGAUCAUGCGACGAGAUGCAAGCGAGGCAUUGCGGAAACUGCAUGAGGAUCUGGAAGCGCUGCAGAAAGAGAAAUCAGAUCUGACGCAGCGUUUGCGAGACCAGGUGGGUUCGACUGCUCUAACGCUGAAGUGGACGCCCAGUCUGGGGUACAUCUGCCACAUCAAGGGAGACAAAAUCUCCCAACAGGCUCUCGAAGAGCUGGGAGUCACGCGCAAUGUUUCCUCGACCAAGACCACGCGGUCAUUUUACCUUCCGGCCUGGUCCCAACUCGGAGCGCGGAUCGACCAGGCGAAGAUCCACAUCCGCUCCGAGGAGCAGCGGAUCUUUGAAGAUUUGCGUCGCGGGGUGAUUCUGAAUCUGGUCAAGAUCCGCCGCAACGCUGCGGUCAUGGACGAGUUGGAUGUAGCAUGCUCGUUCGCCACCCUUGCCAAGGAGCAGCAGAUGGUGCGGCCGAUUUUGAACACGGGCACUUCGCACCGGAUUAUCGGCGGGAGACAUCCGACGGUAAAACUGGGGCUGGAAGAGCAGGGGCGGCGGUUCGUGAGCAACGACUGCUUCCUCGGGGACCAGGAGCGCAUCUGGCUCAUCACGGGGCCCAACAUGGCAGGCAAGAGCACCUUUCUGCGACAGAACGCUCUGAUCACCAUCCUCGCGCAGGUGGGCUCCUUCGUGCCGGCUGAAUACGCUGAGAUCGGCAUCGUCGACCAGAUCUUCAGCCGCAUCGGGGCGGCAGACGACCUCUUCCGUGAUCAAUCGACCUUUAUGGUGGAGAUGCUGGAGACAGCCGCGAUCCUGAAGCAGGCGACGCCGCGAUCGUUUGUGAUCAUGGACGAAGUCGGCCGGGGGACGACACCGGAGGACGGAACGGCCGUCGGGUUCGCAUGCCUGCAUCACCUCUACCACGUGAACAAGUGUCGCACGCUGUUCGCGACACACUUCCACGCCCUGGCGGACAUGACGCGGGAGUUCGAGAAAUUGGGGACGUACUGCACGGACAUCAAGGAGACGGCGUCGGGAUCCUUCUCCUUCGUGCAUCGCCUCCGGAGGGGCGUGAAUCGGCAGUCGCAUGCCCUCAAAGUCGCGCGCCUGGCGGGACUGCCUGAGGAGGCUCUCAAUGUGGCCAGGGACAUGUUGCGCCAGAUGAAAGCUGGGUCGACCAGCGAGGAAGAGGAGAGCGGCGGAGAUGCGAAGCUUGUGGCGACGGCGACGUAG